AUGGUUCAUCAGACUCCUCUUGCAUUCAUUCCACUCCUCUGCUUAUUCCACUCUAAUACUACAAUGAGCUCUAUUGAUGAGAAGCCUCUUUCAUGGUUCAUCAGACUGAUUCAUGAUACUUGCAUUCAUUUGAAUAAAUCUAUGUUACUCCUCUGCUUAUUCCACUCUAAUACUACAAUGAGCUCUAUUGAUGAGAAGCCUCUUUCAUGGUUCAUCAGACUGAUUCAUGAUACUUGCAUUCAUUUGAAUAAAUCUAUGUUGCUCCUCUGCUUAUUCCACUCUAAUUCUACAAUGAGCUCUAUUGAUGAGAAGCCUCUUUCAUGGUUCAUCAGACUGAUUCAUGAUACUUGCAUUCAUUUGAAUAAAUCUAUGUUGCUCCUCUGCUUAUUCCACUCUAAUUCUACAAUGAGCUCUAUUGAUGAGAAGCCUCUUUCAUGGUUCAUCAGACUGAUUCAUGAUACUUGCAUUCAUUUGAAUAAAUCUAUGUUGCUCCUCUGCUUAUUCCACUCUAAUUCUACAAUGAGCUCUAUUGAUGAGAAGCCUCUUUCAUGGUUCAUCAGACUGAUUCAUGAUACUUGCAUUCAUUUGAAUAAAUCUAUGUUGCUCCUCUGCUUAUUCCACUCUAAUUCUACAAUGAGCUCUAUUGAUGAGAAGCCUCUUUCAUGGUUCAUCAGACUGAUUCAUGAUACUUGCAUUCAUUUGAAUAAAUCUAUUUCAUUUCAUCAGACUCCUCUGCUUAUUCCACUCUUAUUCCACUCUAAUUCUACAAUGAGCUCUAUUGAUGAGAAGCCUCUUUCAUGGUUCAUCAGACUGAUUCAUGAUACUUGCAUUCAUUUGAAUAAAUCUAUGUUGCUCCUCUGCUUAUUCCACUCUAAUUCUACAAUGAGCUCUAUUGAUGAGAAGCCUCUUUCAUGGUUCAUCAGACUGAUUCAUGAUACUUGCAUUCAUUUGAAUAAAUCUAUGUUGCUCCUCUGCUUAUUCCACUCUAAUUCUACAAUGAACGCUAUUGAUGAGAAGCCUCUUUCAUGGUUCAUCAGACUGAUUCAUGAUACUUGCAUUCAUUUGAAUAAAUCUAUGUUGCUCCUCUCUUAUUCCACUCUAAUUCUACAAUGA